UCUGGUGGUUUAAAUAAAAUGCAGUUAACGGAGGGGCUCGUUUCUAAUUUUUCAAUUGUGAACGCUGUUUGGUUAUUUUUUGGUUUCGUAUUUUUUAUUUCUUUUAAUAUCCAUGUGUUCAUAAAGGGGCCUACAAAUUCUAUAUUGCAUAUUUUAUUUCAGGAUUUCAUUCGUUAUGGCAAAAAUAAGAAAGACCUUCAGCGACCUAAAAGACUAUACAGUUUUGACGUCCCUAAAAGAUGGUAUUCUCAUUUUUAUGUCAUUUCUGUGAUUUGGAAUGGUAUGCUGUUAUGGCUUCUUCUCCAUGUGGUUUUCUCUGGUGAACAGUUUCCAAGGUGGCUUCAAACUGUGCUUUAUGUCCUCUGUCAGCAUGCACCAAUGGAUAAAUCAGGUGAUGAAGUGUCAGUUGUUCUGAUGCUUGUUUUGCUGUUGCUUCAAAGUAUCCAUCGACUAAUAGAGUGCCUGUUCAUCAGUGUUUUCUCCAAUGGAGUGAUUCAUGUAGUGCUAUACUGCUUUGGAGUUUGUUAUUACAUCCUACUAGGCUUAACAAUACUGUGCCAAAAAACAUUUACUGAAAAUAAAGCGUACUCACUCAGUGAUCUGUAUGAGCAAGUUGGUUGGAAUCAUAUCAUGGGUAGUGCCAUCUUCCUAUGGGGUUUUUGUCAUCAGUAUAGAUGUCAUGCUAUUCUAGCUAAUCUAAGGAAGAACAAAUCUGGUGAGGUAGUAACCUGGAGUCACAGCAUUCCGUAUGGAGACUGGUUUGAACACGUAUCUGGCCCAAAUUAUCUAGCUGAAUUAGUAAUAUAUUUGGGAAUGGGCCUUGUCUUUGGCGGAUUGAACUUUACUUGGUGGCUUGUAGUGAUGUAUGUUCUGUUCAGCCAUGCUCUACAGGCAGUUCUCUGUCAUGAGUUUUAUGUGAAAAAAUUUGAAUCUUACCCAAAGCAUCGUAAAGCUUUUAUACCUUUAAUUUUUUAGCAUGCUAAUGUAAUAGCACAUGCUCUUUGACUUCACUGUCAUCUAGCAUGCCUUUCUGAAAAUCAUGCUUUUUAUAUCAAAAUGCAUUGGUUAACCGGGAUUAUCUGGGAAAAUUGAAUAUCUUAUAAUUGCAAGCAAAAUUAUUUUGUAACAUGUGGCUUUGACAGCAUUCUUUUAUACAUGAUUUAAUGCAUUUUGUGUAACUUUGUAAGUGAUUAAACUCAUACGUUUGAAUUA